AUGGCGGCGCUCGACCAUACCUACUACCCUCACAUACUGGACACCAUUGUCGAGUUUGCGCCGCACGAUUCGCUCCUGGUGCUGCGGUCGACAUGCCAUUCGCUCCGUGCCCAGGUCGACGACAUGUUGGCGUACCACCUCGUCGCGCCCGAUGGCUACGUGCCCGACCGGCCGCGACGCAAGCUGGGCGUGUGCACGCCUGACGGGAGCCAGGUCGCACUCUUCCACAACCUCGACCAGUCGACGCGCGACGAGCGCAUUAAGGCUGCGCUGAGCAAGACACGCAUCCUCGAUGUCAUUUCGCUGCAGGACAAGCAAGUGCGCAACAUUUACGCUGCUGGACCGCCGGCCCCGACCAUGAUCCGGCAACACUUGCCCAAGCUGUGGGGGAGUGCGCCUGGCUUUGCUGCUUCAGACACGUUUGUGCUCUUGCACCGCCAGGAGGAGUGUCGCAAACCCGCGUUCAUUGUGCCGGCGCCGCAUGCGCUGCCGCGCGGUGUGCAAAAGCUCGUCAUCAAUGUGGCCGGGGACAGACAAGCAGGGACACCGUCCUGUAACCAGUUCCACCUCAGCUCCAACUUUGGCAUCGGCAUCGACGUGGCCGAAACCGUGUUCAUCUUCCACCAUCCUGCGAGCCGCAGGAGCGACAGUGAGCCCGACAGCGACGAGCACGGGCGCGAGCAUGAGUCGCCACUUGCGCCGCCAUGUGAGCUCGGGAUCCGGACGCUGUGGCGCGGCAUCACCGACGCGCUCGUCCAGCUCUCGCCCGACACGGCAUGCCUUCUAGUCGGCAUGGACAAGUGUACGGGCAUCACGGACGAGCUGCGGGAUGCCUUACCGGACGAGAUCCUCCGUCGCCGGCGGCUCGGGGAUGGAAACACGUCGACGGCCGAGGACGUGCGCGAGUCUCUCAAGCGCGUGCGGUACUUGACCACGGACGAGUACACGGCCAUGGUGGGCGAGAGGCAGUUUCGACUGGAGACCGAGGAGGUGCCAUAG